UUGACUUAAGGAUGGGAUGGUGGGAGUUUUCUAAAAGUCGUCUGUUUUCUUGUUUAUAAUAGAAAUUUAGAGUUUACGUCUUUAGUUGACAAAAUACAGCUAUAAAUAAAUAAAUGAAUAUUAUUUAAGGCUUCUGUAAUUGAUAUUCAGUCAAAAUGACUUAUCAGUGGCAAUCCUUACAGAAAAACUAUGAAAUUGAAAGAAGAGAAAAUCAGAUUGUUGCAGAAGAGGUUAUUAAUCAUCCUCUCAAACCUUUAACGGUAACUGUACAAGAAGGAAAGAUUAAGAGAAGAGUUGGAAGCACAACCAGUAGUGCUUCUUCAUCAAUACAGGGUACUCCUAGGAAGUCUAUGCUUACAUCAAGUUGGAAUGGGGGAAAUGAUCCACUUCAUCCUUUAAGUUUUGCCCUGGAAGGCAUGGAUCCUCUAUCUCAGUUUGCUGCAUCAGAUCCUCUCAGUCAAAUGGCUGCUGAAGUGAACAUGCUUGAAAGACAAAAGGAAGAAAAAAUAAGGAGAAGUCAUGCAGAGGAUAAUUUUGAACCAUGGUCUGCCAAACGAUCUGCUAUUUUGACUAAAUAUACAACAUCAGAGAAGCUUUCUAUAGUCACUUGUUUUCUUUCUGGUGGAGAGAAAGUGAUCAUGAAGACUCAGAGUUCUGUUAGUGAUAAAGUCAAAACUCGAUUAGAACAAUUGGAUGAUUUUGAAGAGGGAUCUGUUAAAGAGAUGCUAAAUUUAACACAGCAAGAAUAUGUUAAUAGAAUUGAAGAACUUAAUCAAGCUUUAAAAGAAUUUUGGGAACAAGAUCAGAGAGUGAAAGCUUUGAAAAUUGCAAUUCAAUGUGCAAAACUUCUUGUUGAUACUUCAGUGAUCCACUUCUAUCCUAGUAAAUUUGUUUUGAUUACAGACAUACUGGAUAAUUUUGGGAAAUUAGUUUAUCAAAGGAUUCAUAAUAAGGCAGACAGUUAUAAACCUCAUAGUAGAAUUCCCAUUCCUCUUCCAGAAAAUUUUACUCCUGAUCAAGUACCUGAAACAGCAAAAGAAACUUGUCGAAAUUGGUUUUUCAAAAUUGCUUCCAUAAGAGAAUUAAUUCCUCGUUUCUAUAUGGAAACAGCAAUCUUAAAAUCAUAUAGUUUCCUUACUCAAGGAGAAUAUUCUAAUGCUCUUAUGAGGCUUACAAAAAUGAUUCGUGGCAUUGGAGACCCUCUAGUAGCAGCAUAUGCACGAUGUUAUUUGUGUAGAGUUGGGAUGUCUAUAGCUCCAGAAGUUCAAGAACAUGUUUUAUGUAAUUUUUGGGAUUUUUUGCUCAGUUAUAAUCAACUUCAGAGUCCAGUGGUUCAGAUGGUAUUGAGUAAACAACAAGUAGACAUGCCUUCAUAUUUAAUGUUAUAUCCUCCAGCUUUGGAUUGGAUUUUACAAUGUGUUGCAUAUAAAGCAUCUGAAACAACAUUAAGUGAAGUUCUUCAAAAAUGCAAAAGUCAAUGCAAUAGUGCACUUCUGCUGAAUUCCAUUAUGACUGCCUUUAAACCCGAAUUUAUUGCCCAUCGAGCUACAGAACUUGUUGAAAUUAUGAAAGAGUGUGAUGAUUCUGGUUUUCCAAAACAUACAUUAUUUCGCACUCUUGGAUUAUGUUUAGUAGUUGCAGAUCCUCCUGAGAAUCAGCGUCUUCAGAUACUUAAUGAAGUGUGGAAAAUAGUUAUGAAAUUUAAAAAUCCUUUAGAGUACAUUACUUGUGCUGAAAUAUGGAUAGAAUAUCCUGCAAAACAUUUUACAAAAAGAAAUGUUAACACGCUACUUAGUGAUAUCAUUAAACACAUGACUCCUGAUCGUGCUUUUGAAAAUCAUUAUCCACAAUUAAUGAGAGUAGUAGAUCGAAUUCUUGCUCAUAUCCAUGAUUUUUCUGUACUCUUCACAAUGGAUCAUUUUCUGCCUUUCUUAGAUAUGUUUCAGAAAGAAAAUGUUAAAGUAGAUGUUUGUAAAAUGAUCAUGGAAGCAUUUAUCAAGUAUCAGAUAGAACCAACAAGCGAUCCGGUUAUAAUUAAUGCCAUCAUGUUUAUUUGCAAGACAAUGCAUGAUUCUGUAACAGCUCUUACUUUGGAUGAUGAAAAACGACAGAUUUCUUCUUUGAUAUGUAGCUUUAUACAUAAGAUAAGUUUUGGUCGUGAUUUUGAACAGCAAUUGACAUUUUAUGUAGAAGCACGUGCUACCUUUAGUAAUUUGGAUCUUGUAAUAAUGCAGCUUGUUCAGGUAAAUAAAUUUAACUAUUUUUAGUAACAUGGUAAUUGUUGUUUAAAUACAACUUUUUGUACAUUAAGCAUUAAAUGUUUUGCCAAAUUGUUAUCAAGAAUAUUUAUUAAAAAAUAA